GCUUUUUCAAUAAUGUUUGCUGACAGACGAUAGCUAUAAAGAAACAUUAAGCUUCGAGCAAAACAUCAUUAAGUUAAGUAUAUUGAUAUUAUUACUACAAUUUCUUAAAUUACUGACUUAUUUGCAGACAACUUGCUAAAACUUAUAGUGCAUUUAAUAUAAGUAUGGCACUUUACAAUUUUAUAAGCUGUAAUAUUUAAAGCAAUAUAUAUAAAUACGUAGUGGUAUAAAUUAAAUGAUAAAUAAAUAAAACUGCUCCAUUAAACAUUAUCGACUCUCUCAUUUUACACACGCUAUAUUCACUGUUCCAGAACAAUUUGUUACGAAACAACGACAUAUCAAGAACAUGGAUUUCCGAAACGUGAAUCCGCUAAAUGUUCGGCUGAACUUGGUGUCAGGUAAUUUAUUACCAAUGACCGCCGACGAUUCGUCGUUUCCGAUAUUUUGGAAGAUAUACAGCGUUCUGGUAUGGUUUCUCGAAAUAGUGCAAUUAUGCGGGUUAGUCCCUGGGUUUAUUUUUGUGCCAAUAGAGAAGGUUCUAAAAGACGGUCUGGUAGCUCUUGUGAUUACUAUGGAAGUGAUAUCAGUAAUCAUAAGAAUUCACACAUGUAGAGGAUUGGUGAAACAAUUAAUUCAAAAACUUAAUGACAUUAUGCGCGUGGAGGACGAAAUGAUGAGGAGUAUAGUGACAACGACCAUAAAAUCGAUGGAGAUUCCCCUUAAGUUUUACUGGUCGGCCGGCGUGCUGUCCAUAGUACUGUGGAGUAGUUCACCGUUUGUAGUGGCCUUUCAAAAAAAUUCCUUUUUCUAUGUAGAUUACAGGAUGCCAGUUGUCUACUCGAAAGAGCCAUUCACGACCGGUAUCUUUGUGUUAGGAAGUGUCAUCGUGCUCGUGAGCAGCGCGUAUAUUUUUACAAAGAAAGUCAGCGCGGAUAGCUACAUAAUAAAUGUGAUGUUACUGAUAACGGCACAAUAUAAAUACACCGCGUUAAAACUAUCAAUGAUAUUUCAAAAUAGAUUUCUUCAAAGUGAUGAUCGUAGCGAAUCUAAUACAAAAGAAUGUUAUCCUAAUGCAGAUUAUUACGCAGAAAAAGAAAUGAAAGCCUUAUGUCAGCAUCAUAAUAUGAUCAUUCACAUAAUGAUAAUGCUAAGAAAACUAUUGUCUUUAAAUAUCAGUUUAAUAUAUGUAAUAAGCGUUUUUCGAUUCUGCGGGAUUGCUAUCAUGCUGAUUUCAAUACCAUCCGUAACUUUGUGGGAAGUAUUCUUGCAUAUUAUGUACGCAAUCGGUGGGGUCGUGCAGCUCUACAUCCUUUGUUAUUGUGUGCAACGGUUAUUAGAUGCGAGUACUGAAAUAACGGAUAAUGCAUUUCACGAAGGAUGGUACCUAUAUGGAAGGUCCAUAAAACGUACAUUUAUGUUUAUGAUAAUGUCUAAUAAUUUAGAUAUUAAACUGUCAACGUUUGGAAAGUACAAUUUAUCUUUAUCUUCAUUUAUAGCGUAAAAAUAAUAUUACAGUGCA